UCGCAAGUCAUUUCCCUGCCCACUUCGUGCGCUUGCAAGCGGUGGUGUUUCGAUCGCAAGUGAACUUUCGUGUACGUCGAGAGCUUCGAAACUACGUGGCGAUCGCUGUUGAUCGUGUGGUGCGCAAGCGACGCAAUCUCCAAAGGGUGUUAACACCUCACCCUCCCCGCCUCGUGGAUUACCGGUUCAUCGCUACCAAAGUGCCGCCACCGCACGAGGAUUAAAUGACGAUGAAGGCGCAGAACGAGCAACAGCAAGCGAUCAGCCGGUGCCUCGCCAAGGUGGCCGAAGGCCGUGUCGGUCGCAAUGGCCGCAAGGAGCGAGACCUGAACCACGAAGAAAUGCAGUCGCUGCUGGCCAAGCUGAAGGAACUUGUGCCCAACAUGCCCCGCAACAAGAAGGUCUCCAAGCUCGAGAUCAUCCAGAACGUGAUCGACUACAUCCUCGACCUGCAGAUAGCCCUCGAGACGCACCCCGCCAACCGCUCGUCGUCACAUCCGGCGGGCUCUAGCACGAGUCCGGCGCGGCAACCCUUGGGAGUCCUACCCCCCUCCGCGAACGCCGUGGCCAACACUUGCUCGGCACAGGAGGCGACUCACACAGACAAGAUCCCAAGUCACCUUGCCGACAUAAUGUCUACGGUGGUACCGCCUUCGCGCCCGGUCUCGUGCUAGGACUUGUGAGACAUCUGGACGAGUGGGGACUGUCUCGUGCAUUGUCGUGUUUCGUUUAUGUACAUCCCUGACGCUGUUCACCUCGAAAGAAGCGCCCCUCCCCAUGCCCGGGUCCCACGCUAGUCGUUCGUUUCCACGAGCAAUCCCGGGAAAAGACGACGUGACGGCGCCUUCACCUCUGAACACCGCACGGCCGUUCAGGUUCCAGCAAAUAUGCGUCCCAUCCCACGUCGCAUCAAGAAACCAUCGUGUACAGAACCUGCGAUGACGCAUCUGGCAAAGCGCGGAACCGUCUCGGACAAGAACGCCGAGCUGCGGAUCCUGCCGCAGACUGGUGCACCAUUCCGCGGUUUAUACAGCAGAGAGUCACGUUUAGCAAAGACCACGCUGUUGCCCCAGCUGCUUUCAGAAUCCGCGCUCUGGCCUAUCGUAUUUCGCGUAACAGCAUCACCAGGCGUGUCGGCUACCCUCCGGCAAGCUUAAGAGAAGCGCCCAAAAAAAGGCCUUCUGGCCUUUUGUAGGCUGUUUCAGACACAUGCCACCAGCUUUUCGUCUUGCCAACGUCUUGCCGGAAGUUGACCUUUUAUAGCGUGAGCUCUAUGGACCAGCGCAGUAUUACAAUUAGAACUGUGUUUAUCUUGCCCAUGUAUGACGUCACAAGCGCGUGAAGUACGGAGACGGAUGUCGCCCCUACCAAAUGUAGAAAGCCAGAAUGCAGCAAUUUCUUGCUCAUUUGCUGAUCAUGUGCAAUCAAAUGUAUUUUUUUUUCUUCUGUGCGUGUGUGCCGGAGUGAGUAGUGUGCGAGGUGUGUGUGUAGUGGUUUAUACCUACUUCUGCGGCAUCUUAUUUGAAUAGCAUUUUCUGGGGAUCUCCGGUUUUUUUAUUUAUAACAUAUUUUUCCCUCCCACAUCUUAACAGUACAAACACAGAUUCAAAUACACAGAUAAACAUUGCGCGAGGAAGGCGAUUGGCAUUAGAUAUUCUCUAUAAGCACACAUUAUACAGCUAGUCUGGUGGCGUUUGAGAUAUGCUCAAUGACCCUGCAACUUGCGUUCUAAUUUUACUGGUGGUUGACGCUGCAUGUUCGCUCCUAUGCCUUCACAUUGGUAUUAUUUGUUGUAGAAUGGUCUGUAGGUGCAGUAAUUGCACCGUUCCUCGAUAAAUAACAUGUCUGUGAUGUGUUAUCUUGAUCUGAACAAACCUACUUAAAUCUACGUUUCAUUGAAGAAAAUUGCUAAAAAAUUGUGAACCAUUUUAGGAAUAUGCAUGCUUCAUAGAAGACUGCCGUCCUAGCGAGAUUUGUGUGUACCGGUGGGUCUACUUAACAUAAUAGUGCCAGUUGUCUACCUUUCGUCACAUUAUACAGACAUUAUUGUUUUACACACUUCUUUCCUACCAAUUGUAAUUAUAUUAUUUGUACAGAGAGCCUCCUACAAGACGAGAGAAGCCUAUACUUUUGCGUUGUUGUGAUAAAACCGUCUUCAAGAAGCAAUGUCUUCGAUAAUAAAAAAAAGGUAUUGAAGUUCA